AUGUGCAAUACGGUCAGAGCGCGUUUUACUCCUCGUAGAAGUCGCUCUGCUCCGAAUCUAUUGACAUAUUCUCUAGAAAGAUUCCCCAAGAGCCAGUCCUCAGAUACAGAAACGGAGGUUUACUCAUGUAGAACUAUAAUAGUUAAUCCAAGGAAUAGACAUGGUUUGUUAGCGAAUAGCCGUCCUUUGACACCAGUGGAAGCGGGGAAUCGUUUGCUUGGUCGAUCAGCUAUUAGUUCUCAUGAAAAUCGGCAUAGGAACGAUGAAAUGGAUAAUUUUGUUUUGUGGAGUAAACCAGAACUUCAAGUAAGGUUUAGAGAUUGGUACACCUACAAUUUCUGUAAUCUUUCAAGCGUACAAACUCUAUCCAGGAUUCAAACUAUAUGCCGCCCUCUUGAGCCUGUUGUAACUUAUUAUUUCAAAUUCUGGAGCAUCAGUGGUGAGGCGGAGUUCUACGUCGUUUCUAUACCAACUUUUGUAUGGAUAGGAUUCCCUCAAGGGGCCUUGGAGCUCGCUUCCAUGCUCUGUGUAACACAAUACGCAACAGGAACGCUCAAGGACCUCUGCUGUUGCCCGCGCCCACCAUGUCCACCCUUGAAUAUGCGUGGAAGGCGUAAGACGCACAGCACGGAGUAUGGCUUCCCUAGCACACACUCCAGUAAUAGUAUUAUCUUUAGUUACUUUAUUUUUCGGCAAUUAAACCAUUUUAUGCCAAUAUAUCGAUAUUUAUGGUUAUUAGUAGCCAUCUUCUUCUCCGUAAAUGUAAGCUAUUCAAGGCUUUAUUUGGGUAUGCAUUGGUUUGGAGACGUCAUAGGGGGAUGGCUCGUCGCGGUUAUCUGUGUUCUGCACCAUUCCAUUUACUUGAAUAACCUUGAAUUUCGGUUAGUGAAUAUAACCAAUCCUCCUUGGUGGUGCUACAUCUUGGUAUAUGUAGUGCUCCACAUCCUCGUCAUUAUUCACGCGACUCCGCACGACCCCUGCCCAUGCUAUCUCGAUAGCUUGCGCUUUUUAGGUGUGACAGUUGGCUCCCUUUACGGGUUUUGGAUUUUCAAAUCCAUGUACGGCACCCUUGCAGCCCGGACAUUGCCGAGUAACAUUUUACGUUUAUUCGUGUCCUAUCGAUUCUGGUUAGAGUGGGCUUUGUGUGUGAUGAUGGCUGUGAUUGCAAAGGAGUUGUCCGCCCUUUUAGGGACCAUAGUUCUUAAGAGAAUAUUUAAAUUUAUGUCUGGUGCCUACGCUGGCGCAUUCCCACCGCGUGUGCGCCGCGUUUAUCUCAUUUUUGCACGUGGAAUAGGCUAUACGACGCGCGGCCACGUACGUGGGUCCAGUCCUACUACCCCACCUGAUCGUGAUGCAAUGGGCUCUAUGGAUGAAUUUCAGACCGCAAAUGCGUACAGCGAGGCUUCCCCGUCCGCUGAAAUAAGACAAAAUGAGGACGGUGUUGGUGAUCGGACCCCCACUUCCCCCCAUACUAAUGAAGCUCACACCACCAAUGUGGUGGUAGCUCCCAUUGCACAGCAGCAACAGGACGUUGAAAAUACUGAGAGUCCUACGCAAGCGGAGCGUCCCACACUUGACGAAAUUGAGGGAUACCUCAACAAAUACCAGGUGUGGUCCCUGCGCACUCACAAGCACUGGUGGCUUUGGGAGGCUCAUAAAUAUACCUUUUCAUAUGCUAUCAUGGGGUUUAUGGUGGUGUGUAUUUCUCAAGUAUUUCUUAGAAAAGUAUUCAAGGUUAAGUAG